UCCCGGGCUCCUGGCCAGCAGCACCGGCCCACAGACCCACCGACGGAGCCUCCUGGGCGGCGGAGGGCCUGCUCGCCUGGCCCGGCCCAAAGCCCCUGACCCCCGGCUCCCUCCACUUGCAGCCCUUAGGAAGAGGACGAGGCAUCCAAAGCCAUGAGCAACCCUUACCAAGAGGAGAGCUGCUCCGAGAGGCCGGAAUGCAAAAGUAAAUCCCCAACUUUGCUCUCCUCCUACUGCAUCGACAGCAUCCUGGGCCGGAGGAGCCCCUGCAAGAUGAGGCUGGUGGGCGCCCCCAACGCCAGCGCCAGCGCCAACGCCGCCCUCCCCCCGAUGGCCGGCGCCAGGAGCGAGCAGCAGGACAAGGCCGGGCCAGGGCCGGCUAAAGGCAGCCCGUCGGGCUUCGAGGCCUCGGAGCUGCACCUCCCUCCGAAGUUGCGCCGCCUCUAUGCUCCCGGUGGAGGUGGCGGGGCCCGUCUGCUGUCGAGGGGAGGCGAUCGGAACGAGGCGGCGUCGGCCUCAUCGUGGGAGGCGCUGAAGAUCAGCCAGGCCCCGCAGGUCAGCAUCAGCCGCAGCAAGUCCUACCGGGAGACCGCGCCCUUCCACGACCUCGAGGGCGGCAGAGCCCCCCGGGACCCCCAGGACUUGAUGGACGAGGAGGAGGAGGAGGACGAGGAGGAAGACGAGGAGCUGGAGGAAGACCUGUUGGACGACGAGGAAGAGGAGGAGGAGGAGGAGGAAGAGCUCUUAGCCGAGGCCAAGGAGGCCCGUCGGGGGGUCGGGCCCGGUCUGGGUCUCGUCCCUGCCCCGCCGCCGCCCCCUCCGCCUCCGCCGCCGCCCCCGGGGGGUCCGGAGGGCUCGGAGGGCUGCUCGCCCAAGGCGGAGCUGGGGCUUCCCGGCGAGGAGCUGCUGGGCCCCGAAGGGAAGGACGGCGAGGAGAGCGUCUGCCUGUCGGCCGGCAGCGACUCUGAGGAGGGCCUCCUGAAGAGGAAGCAGCGCCGCUACCGCACCACCUUCACCAGCUAUCAACUGGAGGAGCUGGAGAGGGCCUUUCAGAAGACCCACUACCCCGACGUCUUCACCAGGGAAGAGCUGGCCAUGCGCCUGGAUCUGACCGAAGCCCGAGUCCAGGUCUGGUUCCAGAACCGCCGGGCCAAGUGGCGGAAGCGGGAGAAGGCCGGCGCCCAGAGCCACCCGCCGGGGCUGCCCUUCCCGGGCCCUCUCUCGGCCUCUCACCCGCUGGGGCCCUACCUCGACGCCGCUCCCUUCCCGCCCCACCACCCGGCCCUCGACUCCGCCUGGACCGCAGCCGCCGCCGCAGCCGCCGCCGCCGCAGCCUUCCCGGGCCUCCCUCCGCCUCCGCCGGGCUCCUCGGCCGCCUUGGGCCCCGCGGGCACCCCGCUCGGACUCAGCACUUUCCUCGGGGCCGCCGUCUUCCGGCACCCGGCCUUCAUCAGCCCCGCCUUCGGCAGGCUCUUCUCGACCAUGGCUCCUUUGAGCGGGGCUUCCUCGGCGGCGGCUGCGGCUGCUGCGGCGGCGGCUCUGCUUCGGCCUCCGGCUCCGUCGGUGGAGGGCCCCCCGGGCUCCUCGUCCUCCUCCUCCUCCUCGUCGGCCUCGCCGGGGCUCCCUCUCUCGGACCCCUCCUCGGCGGCAGCGGCGGACCGUCGGGCCUCGAGCAUCGCGGCGCUGCGGCUGAAGGCCAAGGAGCACGCGGCGCAGCUCAGCCAGCUCAACCUCCUGCCCCCCGGCACCAGCCCCGCCGGCAAAGAGGUCUGCUAAGCAAGCAAGCAAGCAAGCAAGGAAGCAAGGAAGGAAGGAGGAGACCCAAGACCAAAACUGGGGGAGGGAGG